AUGAAGAAUUCAAAAUCAAAGAAUUCUACGUUCAAAGAUCCAACGAUGAAUGAACUUCGUUUGCAAGGAUCCUACGAGGAUCAUGGAUCCUACGAGGAUCAAGGAUCCUACGAGGAUCAAGGAUCCUACGAGGAUCAAGGAUCCUACGAGGAUCAAGGAUCCUACGAGGAUCAAGGAUCCUACGAGGAUCAAGGAUGGUACGAGGAUCAAGGAUCCUACGAGGAUCAAGGAUCGUACGAGGAUCAAGGAUCGUACGAGGAUCAAGGAUCGUACGAGGAUCAAGGAUCGUACGAGGAUCAAGGAUCGUACGAGGAUCAAGGAUCGUACGAGGAUCAAGGAACGUACGAGGAUCAAGGAUCGUACGAGGAUCAAGGAUCGUACGAGGAUCAAGGAUCGUACGAGGAUCAAGGAUCGUACGAGGAUCAAGGAUCGUACGAGGAUCAAUGA